GUCUCCCAGAUCCCUUCGACUUUCAAGAAUCGCAUUGAGACCACCGUGGAAGGUGUGGAGAAGACUGUAACAAAUAUCGUCGAGCUGCCGGAGAGGAUCGGCAAAGGUGUGGACAAAACUCGCUCGGCAGUCGUCACAACUGCCGAGACCAUCGCCAGCGUGCCCGACAAGGUCAAGAACACAGCGGAGUUCGUGGCCGCGUUGCCGUCAAGGACGGCCAAGUCGGUGGAGAACUUUACAACCGGCGUUUCCAACCUCGCAACGAAUGUGGUGAGCUUUCCGGGAAGGGCUGCUUCCGCGGUGAGCAACACAGCAGAAGGCGUCAGCAAGACGGCUCAGGCUAUUGCCAGCCUUCCCGGAAAAGUUAAG